AUGCUGAUGGCAGUGGGCGAAUAUGAGGCCACGCAAGAUGAGGAGAGUGUGGACGAGUUUGCUGUGCCGCAGGGGUCAGAGAAAGCGCUGCGAAGGCAGCAAGCUCACAUCGAAAGACUGUUUGGAGUCACCGUGAACAUAAUUGGAGUGCUUAUGCAGGAUCCGGUACCCCUGCAAUACACAGGACACCAGCAGAUAUGGGUUCAACUUAAUGGUGAAAGAAGGAGCAUAGUCAAAGCUAAGGAUUAUAUUAAGGGACUAUGCACCCCAGAGUUAAAUGAGAACUUUAACUACCCACGUGAGAUGCACUGCAUCUUUGUUGGGGCAGGAUGUCUCUUCCUUGACUGCCUAAUUAGAGCUACUUCAGCAUGUAUCAAACCUCAAAGUCAUGGACUAAUUACAAUCUCUGGCUUGGCGGAAGGAGUAGUGAUGGCCCAAAGCCGAAUUCAUGCAUUUUUAGAUGUAUGUGACACCAAGCCAGAAGACCUAGAAACCUCUAUCAAAAGGAAUUUUAAGACUCUGGUAGAAGAACAUAAUGACCUACAUGCACUUGAUCUUCUUAUUCUUCCAACUUCCACCAAGGAACAGUUACUGGCUCUUGUAGAGGAGGACAAAGAGAGUAGACAGAAACGAUCCACAAGCCACCAGAAGGAAUGUGAUGCGAUGAGAAAGCUUCCUCUCCUUCCUGCAGCAAUGGAAUAUCCAAAUCUGAGACUUGACAAGCCUUUAAUAUCACAGCCAGUAGAUAUAACCAAGACUAGGCCUGUUAAAGGAGUAUUGCGUGAGAGGGCUUCUGAACCUCGUGAACCAGUUAGGAACAAUAUAUGGGAUCUGAAAAAACCACCAGUACCAUUUAGUGUACAGGAAAGUCCAGUGACGGGGUUAGAUGAAUGUGAGUCUUCUGGUUCUUACCUGAAUGAAGGAACUGAACUUAAUGAAAGGAUGGAACCACUAGUGAAAGAUGAUGAGGAAUUCCAGCAAAUAUCAGGACUACUGGAUACUAUUAUGAGGUGGGAUGACAGAGAACCAGGCUCACAUCACAAUUUUUCUUUAGCAACACAAAAAGAGUUUAACAUGCUUUUAGAUUUUUUCAAGACAAUGGGUUAUCAGGAAUCUAUUGUGCUGAAGGUGUUGUCAGAAAAUGGGAUCCAGGAGCCUUCUCAGAUUCUGGACAAAGUUAAAUUAGAACAAUCUAGUCAUAACCAUAUUAACAGUCAUCAAGUACAAAGGCCUUCUACUCUAAAAGGUAUGGCACGUGCUCUUUCUAGUAAUGAUGAUGACUACCUUUUAGAAGUGAUGAAAUCAGCUGCCAAAAAUUGUGGCUAUUCGCCCAGUGAAAUUGUGGAUAUUGGGGAUGGUUCUGUGGCUGGAUUACUAAGGAAACUCAAUGAAAAAAAUGAUUCUGAAGAUUAUAUUUUUCAAAGUGGGCCUCAAAGAAAAGGGCACCAAGAGAAUGAUUUACAAUUUCAAAAAAACCUUGCUCUAGCAAAGCCUGAGACAAAAAUUGUUAACCCAACUAUGGGAAUGGGUGAUCCACUGAGGACCAAACCAAUGGGUAAUAAUCACCCAGUUGAGGAUAUCUUCCAUGGUGGCCUUGAGCCAGAAACUAUAGACACAGAGGAACCCAAAGAUACAACUGGUAAGGAAGAAUGCAAAGUACCUAUUGUGACUGGAGCGCAGAGAUUUAAUGAAGCAAUGCAGACUCCUUUCAAGCUUAACCUAAGAAAUGAAAAAGGAAAUGACCAACUGAGGCAUAUCAUUAUAGAUGGAAGUAAUGUGGCCAUGAUACAUGGUCUUCAUCGUUUUUUUCUCUUGCCGUGGCAUUGCAUUGGCUUUACAGUACUUUUGGGAUAGAGGACAUCGCAGUAUCACUGUGUUUUGUGCCCCAAUGGAGGAUGAAGAAGGACAGUAAAGCUAAAGAGCAACACUUCCUAACAGAGCUAAAUGAACUAGGACUCCUAUCAUUAACCCCCUCAAGGACUGUGGAAGGCAAAAGAAUAACAUCCUACGAUGACAGGUUCUUGCUGCAGCUGGCCGAAAGUACAGCUGGGGUCAUAGUCACAAAUGAUCAUUUAAGGGACAUAUCUGCAGAAUCUCAAGCUUGGCACAAUAUAAUAAAGUACAGAGUGCUGCAAUUCACCUUUGUUGGUGACAUAUUUAUGGUACCAGAUGACCCUUUGGGGAGAAAUGGGCCACCGCUAGACAAGUUCCUGACCAAGAACUCGUUACCCAAGUAA